CUCGAUCAGUUAACAGCACGGCGUUCGCCGCAGAAGAAGACAUUUCGACAUUACCAGAACGCGUGGGAGAUAUAUUUACAGUGUGUUAUUGAGUCUGAUGUGAGUUUUAGGGUCUCGUGAAAGCCCACUGAGGCGAGCAGUAUGUCGGUGCACUUUGAGGAGAGGAGCGGCGUGGUCCCGUGUAAAACCGCGUGGGGCUCGUGGUACCAGACGAUGGAAGAGGUUUACAUCGAAGUCAGUGUUCCUCCUGGAACUUCCGCCAAAGAGAUCCGGUGUGAGAUCGGGAGCAGACAGAUCGAUCUGCGCGUGAGAGAGCAGCAGGUGUUCAAGGGGAAGCUGUUCGGAUCCACGGUCAGCGACGAAGCCACGUGGACGUUAGAGGACAGGAAGUUGAUCCGGAUCGUCCUGAUGAAGUCGAACCGGGAGGCUGGGAACUGCUGGGGGUCUCUGCUGGAGGGCGAGUACGCGGCCGAUCCGUGGGUUCAGGACCAGAUGCAGAGGAAGCUGACGCUCGAGAGGUUUCAGAGAGAGAACCCUGGCUUUGACUUCAGCGGAGCGGAGAUCUCGGGGAACUUUCACGGUGGAGGACCAGAUUUCUCCAGCUUGCAAAAAUAAGAACUACUUUCAUUCCUGUGCUUGAUGUAGUCUUACUAAAGUGCACCAGUUUUGUUUUCUUCCCCCUGGAGAAUAUAUAGUGUUCCUUCUUCUGGAGACACACAGGAAGCGCAUCACAGCGAGUCUGGCUCUUGCUAUGAAGCCAUAGUAGAUCACAAGCAGCCUUUACGAUGACUCUUCACAGUUGUUGUGUGUAAUCGCCACCACAGUGGUCUGCUCAGAGUUUCAAGAAAUCAUGCAAUUCAAGCACUUUUGAUUAAACGGCUCAAACACCA